GCAUGGAGUGCGUUGUUGCGUUCCCAUGCAAGCAACGUCCAACCUGUCAUAGACAGGUGGCGCGGUUCUCUCGAUACCCUGCUAAUCUUUGUCGCUCUUUUCUCUGCGAUUGUCACAGCUUUCUACAUUCAAUCGCUUAACGGCUUGUCGCCAAACCCCCAGAACCGGACAAAUGAAUUACUGACAGCCAUUCUGAUCGCUCUCAAUGACGAAAAGGCUGAUACACUCAAUCUUUCCACCUCACUUCCAUUUAUUCCCAGUGCGAGCGUCGUUCGUGCCAAUUUCUACUUGUCUUUAUCUCUCAUUAUGAGUGUAAGU